AUGGAUCUCAAUACAGGAAUAGAAGAAGUAUUUAACUUGAAUCGAAAGUCUCGAAUAGAAUGGAUCUGGGAUAAUAAUCAAUUUAAAAACAAUGUUAAUAAUUUUGAAGGUUUCGUUUUAUGUCUAUCUCUUGAACCUGAAAAUAAGUAAGAGAAAGAUAUUAUGAACAUUAAAAUGAAUCUUAGGACUAGCCAGCAAGUGAACAAAACAGAAGCAUAAAAUUCCAAUUAUGAUAAAAAUUAUAACAUUAACAAUAACAACAAUAAUAAUAAAUAAGAAAAUGCAGGAGUUUAAGAAAAUAAUUUCAGUUUAAAGAGUCUAAAUUAAGAAGGCUUAAGCAGUAGUAUGCCUGAUAUAGAAAAAGACCAAAAUGUUAAAAUUUAAACUAUUUGUUACUUUACAGACUUAGAGUCGAGAAGUCAUGUCAUACAAUACUUCAAAAUGAGAGUUAUAUAGAGAAAUUUUCAUUAAGUUUACAAGGCAGUAAGAAAGCUUGGCAAAGGGAGCUUUGCAUCUGUUUAUUUGGUUAAUCUCGUAGGAACAAAUAAGCACUUUGCAAUCAAAGCAUUCUUGAAAGAAAAACUAAUUGAAGAAGAAAAGGGAUAUGAGUCGUUUUAUAAUGAAAUUAUGCUGAUGAGAUGCAUAAAAAAUAAGAAUGCAUUAAAAUUAAUUGAUAUAUGGGAGUCUAAAAACAGCUACUACUUAAUUAUGCCUGUAUGUUAUGGAGGUUCCUUGCUGGAUAGAAUAGCUUUUACAAAAAAGAUAGAAAAAAAUCCUGAAUUGUUAAUGUAAAGCAAAGCCAACCCAAUAGAUAGCCUUUUUAUUAAAAGUUUUAUGAAACAAAUGCUAGAGGCUUUACUCAAUUUAAAGUAACAAGGAAUUCUUCAUAGAGAUUUAAAGCCAGACAAUAUCUUACUCUGCUCUCCAAACCAAGUAGAACCUAUGAUAAUCGACUUUGGAUUAGCUACAUUUUAAGAUGUUGAAAACUACAUUUACCCUAAAUGCGGUACACCUGGCUAUGUUGCUCCAGAAAUAAUUAAUAUGAGAGAUAAAAGUUAAAGAUAUGAUAGCUAGUGUGAUGUUUUCAGUCUUGGAGCUAUUUUUUAUUUCUUAUUAUCACUGAAACCCUUGUUCUUGGGGAAGGUCACAAAAGAAACUAUUGAAAUGAACAAAAGAUGCCAAAUAGAUUUUGAUUGUAAAGAACUUUAAAAUGUAGAUUUAAACACAAAAGACUUGUUAAAAAAACUACUUAAAGUGAAUCCUUCUGAAAGAAUAACUCCUGAAUAAGCCCUCUAGCACCCCUACUUCGGAGAUAAAUUUGAUGAAGACGAUAUACCAGAUGAUCCUGAAACAAACAUCGAUAAGGUUCUACAACGUUUUAACUAUGGGAGACCAUUUGAUAUGCAAAAAAUAAAUAACCAUUCAACUUAUAGUAAAAUGAAUACAAAAACAGACUAGUCUUUGUUCAGUUUCAAUUACAUAGAUUAUGCUCCAUUUUAAAAGAAAGAAUCUUUAUUAAUGGGAGCUAGUUUAGUAAUGAAGCAGCCUAUUACUAUAAAGAACCCUGGCGGAAGAUAAAUAAGUUUGGAAAAUGUUGUUGAAUAAGCAAACGAAUAUAAAUAUAAGAACCUCCAGUCUAUGGUAAAAUCAGAGUCAUCUGUGAAGAGUAAACUGCUUUAUAAAUCUCCAACCCUUGAUUAAUCAGAAUAUGAAUUUUUGGUUGAUUGUAGCAAGGUGAAGUAAUAGUAAACACAAAAUUUUAAUAAAGAAAGAAGUACUGAAGACAGCGAAAAAGAUGAAUAUUUUAUGAAAAAGUAUUCUAGGAUUUUAAAUAAACCUCCUUUAUUAAAUAGUCCUAACUUUUAAUUUAAGAAAACAAACACUUUAAAUACUGAACCAACUUAAUACUAAGAAGAUAUAAAAAUUCUUAAAAUGACUAAAAAGUAAUCAGCUGAUUACAAUGCUAAAUGA